UGUCUCCACACACAGGGAGCAGUGUGGUGCUCUCACUGAGGAGAGGCGUAACUGUCAUCCCGUUACAUUUUUAAAACUGCGUCAUCCGCAGCUUCUCCUCUGCACUCCCACCGCAGCCUCAGUGACCAAAACAUACAGCCGUAGUAGUAGCGACCAGUAUAGCGCGAUUUAAGCUCAGGUUGUGUCGGGCAAAUCAGAUUAUUGGGAAGGUAAACUGGAUUCUGACGUAAAGGGCUUAAACCCCGGUAGAGGACCAUCGCAUGUGCGGCUGCUCGCGCGCGCUCAGCAGCAGCAGCAGUCGGUGGUGAAGAGGAGCUCGUGCCACCUCCACUCAACAACCCUCCUCCUCCUCCUCUUCCUCUUCUCUCAGGACCUGAGCAUGACUUCUCAGAUAUUUCACUGCGACUGAGAGGGACGAAACGCUGCUGACAUGGCUUCAUAUCUGGAGAUCGCUGAUGAUGAGAAAGGCCACGAGCUGGACCUUUUCUGUGUCCCCAGGCACUAUGAGAACGAUUUGGACAAGGUGAUCAUCCCCCAUGGGCUCAUCAUGGACAGGACAGAGCGUCUGGCCCGCGACAUAAUCCGGGACAUGGGUGGACAUCACAUCGUGGCUCUGUGUGUGCUGAAAGGCGGCUACAAAUUCUUCGCAGACCUCCUGGACUACAUUAAAGCGCUGAACCAGAACAGCGAUAAAUCAGUCCCCCUGACAGUGGAUUUCAUUAGGGUGAAGAGCUACUGUAAUGACAAGUCCACAAACAACGUCAGAGUCAUAGGAGGGGAUGAGCUGUCCAGUCUCUCAGGCAAGAAUGUCUUGAUAGUUGAGGAUAUCGUGGAGACAGGAAGGACGAUGCAGACGCUGCUUUCCCUGCUGAGUGAAUGCAAUCCCAAAAUGGUUAAAGUUGUAAGUCUUCUGGUGAAGAGGACCCCGAGGAGUUCAGGGUACAGACCAGACUACAUUGGUUUUGAGGUGCCGGAUGCCUUCCUAGUGGGCUACGCUUUGGACUACAAUGAAUACUUCAGAGAUCUCAGUCACAUCUGUAUACUGAAUGAUCAAGCCAAGGAGAAGUACAGAGUGUGAGUAGAUGAAGUGCUGCAGAGGCGAUGACUGAAUCAAUGAAGACUAGGACCACUGUGAUGCCCCUCCUUAGCUUUACUGUGUUUUGAAUCUUAUUUAUUUUUCUACAUAAGAAUCCACAAAAUGUGACUUGUGGGAUGUAAAUAAUGUCAAGAACAUUUAAUUUCUCCCCUACUGAAUAUGUGGGAUCAGUUAUGUAUAUUAUGGAUAUUUUGGUUGUUAAAUUUUAAUUUAUUUAUUCACUCAUGUGUAUAGACUUUACCUGUAAAUCACAGUUUUAUGGAGAUAGAAAAAAAAGGGUAAUUUAUUUGUUCCAAUCACACGUCUCAGGCUACUUUGUGUUCAGUGAGCUGUCAGUCAAAUUUAAGUAGCCUUCAGUUUGUCUCUGUUUUGGAUAAAUCUUCUCAUUAUGCCAUAAAAUGACUGACUUGGAAUGUACUGUAUGUUUUAUUUCAUAUCUGACGUUUUCAUGAAGGACCUGUUUACAGCAAUAUAAAUCACGUUGAAACCUUG